CAGUUUCCUGCUUGCUGGCCUUGUUGCAGUUGGGAAUUAUUGUUGAAAAGGGCAGAGGGAAGGAUCGGCGCUGCAGGCAAGAAGGUAGACACGGGACGACGACGACGACGACGACGGAGGGGGAGGUGGAGGUGGAGAAGAAGAAAGAAAAAGCGUGAGUCAGUGGAGUGAAUUCAGUCAGGAAGAUAGAAUGUUUAACUCGAUGUAACCGUCCAGCCAAAAAAAAAAAAACCCUCACAGGAAAAUAAAGUCUUAAUUAAAACGGACAGGGUGUUCUGCUGGUUACAACGCUUGAAACAGUCUGCUGCUUUUUCAUUACCAACUCAACAAUGAGGAAAAAAUCUAGAAUCUUGCUUUGCUUCGCCUUUCUCUGGCUCCUUGGAAUCGCCUAUUACAUGUACUCGGGCACCGCUGUAAGUCAAAAGGAGGAUUGGAAUGAAAUUCCACCAGAAAAAAAGAUAAGUGGUAUUGAAGGAGAAGAUAAACAUCAAAACUUGGAGACUCUUCCACCAGGGAAGGUGCGGUGGCAAGACUUUGAUCAAGAUGCCUACGUUGGUGUCACUGUAGUUCGGCCUGGACAAGAUGCUUAUGCUCGUAACAAAUUCAAUCAAGUGGAAAGUGACAAGUUACGCAUGGACAGAAGUGUUCCUGAUACAAGACAUGAUCAAUGCCGUAGGAAACAGUGGAGGAUUGAUUUGCCAGCAACCAGUGUGGUUAUAACAUUUCACAAUGAGGCAAGAUCUGCCUUACUUCGCACAGUUAUCAGUGUCUUAAAAAAAAGCCCUGUUCACCUUAUAAAGGACAUUAUUCUAGUAGAUGACUACAGUGAUAGUGCUGAAGAUGGAGCUUUACUUGGCAGAAUUGAGAAAGUCCGGGUUCUAAGAAAUGAUCGUCGAGAAGGGCUUAUGCGAUCCCGUGUAAAAGGUGCAGAUGCUGCUGAUUCUAAGGUUCUUACAUUUCUUGACAGCCACUGCGAAUGCAAUGAACACUGGUUGGAGCCCCUACUAGAACGGGUUGCAGAGGACAAAACUAGAGUUGUGUCUCCAAUAAUUGAUGUGAUUAAUAUGGACAACUUCCAGUAUGUUGGAGCAUCAGCUGACUUAAAAGGCGGUUUUGACUGGAACUUGGUUUUUAAAUGGGAUUACAUGACACCAGAACAGAGACGGGCACGCCAAGGAAACCCAAUAGCUCCAAUUAAAACUCCAAUGAUAGCUGGAGGACUGUUUGUGAUGGAUAAAUCAUACUUUGAAGAACUGGGGAAGUAUGACAUGAUGAUGGAUGUCUGGGGUGGAGAAAAUUUGGAGAUUUCGUUUCGUGUGUGGCAAUGUGGUGGGAGUCUUGAAAUAAUCCCUUGCAGUAGAGUAGGCCAUGUUUUUCGCAAGCAGCACCCAUACACCUUCCCUGGUGGUAGUGGAACAGUAUUUGCAAGAAACACACGCAGAGCUGCAGAGGUUUGGAUGGAUGAAUAUAAGAAUUUCUACUAUGCUGCUGUACCUUCAGCUAGAAAUGUACCUUUUGGAAACAUUCAAAGCCGUGUAGAAAUGAGAAGAAAUUUGGGAUGCAAACCAUUCAAGUGGUAUUUGGAAAAUGUUUAUCCUGAACUGAGGGUUCCUGACCAUCAAGAUAUUGCAUUUGGUGCUUUGCAGCAAGGUACAAAUUGCCUCGACACAUUAGGCCAUUUUGCAGAUGGAGUUGUGGGUGUUUAUGAAUGUCAUAACGCUGGGGGUAACCAGGAAUGGGCAUUAACCAAGGACAAGUCAGUGAAACACAUGGAUUUGUGCCUUACUGUAGUUGACAGAGUUCCCGGCUCUCUUAUAAAACUUCAAGGAUGCCGUGAGAAUGACAGCAGACAGAAAUGGGAACAGAUCGAAAACAAUUCCAAACUGAGGCACCUGGGUAGCAACUUUUGUCUGGAUAGUCGGAAUGCCAAAAAUGGAGGCCUAACAGUAGAAGCUUGCAGCCCUUCUUUGUCACAGCAGUGGAAAUUUUCACUUAAUCUACAACAGUAGGAUUGUGGGAAAGUUUGGGGAAAGAAGUGUGGGGGGGAUAAUACCAUUUCAUGGACAUUGGUUCUGAAAGCAUUGCAGAUAUAUAUGUUCAACAUUAUAUGAAAUUAUAUACCUCAGCAUUCCAUCAUGGAUUUGGGAUCAGGAGUACAUUAAAUAUGGGAGACUGUUUGGGAGAAGAGAGUCCAGACAUAAGUCUACUGCAGCUCUCUCUACUCUCAAUGCAAACAAUUGCAUUAUUGCACAUCCGGGUCUCAAAAGUGGAGCAACAGUGUCAACAAAGCAUUAUAAUGACAUCACCAGGAAGGAGGUAUAAAUAUGAAGGUGAGAGGCUAGUCUGCUAAGUGGAAGGUGAUUUGUGAAAUGUGCACAUAUUACUUUUUUUUUUUUUUUUUUUUUUUAAAUCUUUUUAUUUUAAAUGUAUGAGUGUUUCUAUAUUACACAAAAAACAUGCUUCUAUAUUCAGUAGUAAAGCCAAUAUACAGAACUUUAGCUUCCCAUUCAUACCAUCAUUGGCCAGUACCCUAUUUUCAUAGUGUUGACACCACUGCAGAUGUUCAAAGAGACUUUACUGUAUUAAUACUUUGAUGGGACAAAUUUCAGUCUUAAAGAUAUAUUUCCAAGUCCUGUGAAGAGAUUCUACACCCACUAUAUGGCAUCAAGGUACUUUAAAUUAAAAAAAGAUCAAAAUAUUAAAAA